UCAGCGGUUGCCGCUCGGGGUGGGAAACACACGCAGCCUUUGACCGAGCGAGGUUGGAGCAUCACCCGCACGCUUGCGGUGGCCUUCCUGGCUCUACAUUUACCCGUAAACUGGAUUAUAACACGCAAACAAAAACGGCUGGGAUGCCUGCGAGUAAAAAUUUACAAGGAGGGAAAGCCUUCGGGCUGUUAAAGGAGCAACAAAGGCAAAAACUGGAGGAGGUGAAUCAGGAAUUCCUGGAGGACCAAAAGUACAGGGAUGAAGAGGACCUCGCAGAGAAGCUGGAAGGUUUCAAAAAUAAAUAUGCCGAAUUUGACCUGAAUGACCAAGGCGAGAUCGAUCUUAUGGGCCUCAAGCGGAUGAUGGAGAAGCUCGGCGUUCCCAAGACGCACUUGGAGCUGAAGAAGAUGAUCAUGGAGGUGACGGGCGGCGGCAGCAGCAACACCAUCGACUACAGGGACUUUGUCAAGAUGAUGCUGGGCAAACGCUCGGCCGUGCUCAAACUAGUCCUGAUCUUCGAAGACAAAGCCAACGGGGCGCCGUCCUGCAAGCCGGACGGCCCGCCUCCCAAGCGGGACAUCUCCAGCCUGCCUUAAGAUUGCCCGCCACCCAUCCAACCCCUCCUCCUCCUCCCUUUCCUGCCUUCACCGGGCGUCUUUCCCAUCUCCUUACCCAGGUGGACCGCCGAUGGACGAAGGAGGGCAUUUUAGUGACGCGCGCCGCGUGGAAGGUGUCUGUCUUGCGUUAGAGCUUGUCGCUAUCCCAUGUUUGACUGUGAAUAUGAUCCUUUAGGUACAUUGUAGCAUCGGUAGUGGACGUGUAAUCUCGUCGAGUUUUUCGUUUUUGAAGUCGUUGAGUGUUGCGUAUUAAGGGAAGACGCUUUUAUUUUUCGAGCAGCACAAGCAGCUUUCUUCAUCCCAUUUCCGUGGCAGCCUCGCAAGGAUUCUCGCCGCGCCCACCCCGGUCCGCGUUUGAGAGAUUACGGGCCCCGCCGCCCACGCUGAUCUGGAAUCAGUAACUAGUUUUGCCGGGUCCGCCUUUUGGACUUUGACUCGCGCUUGCGUCGUGCUUUGAGGUCAAGCGCGCGUGCAGGGGGAACGCGAUUUACGGGUGCGAACGUACCACGCGACAAUAACCGCAGCACAAUCAUGUUCUUUCCAAGUGCCUCGGUGCGGAGCCAACAGGGAGCUCGUGCAAAGGCGCGGUCCAAGCAGCCAAUGAGAACUCUGUGAAAUCGCUCUUCACGUUUGUCGCAGUUGUUAUGUUGUACUUUGAGUGGUUGAUCGUCGUCCUCCUUUUAACAAGUUGUCCACCGACUUCUUUUUGGCACAACGAGUCUCUGUCAAUGUUAGAACUUUUCACAGUGGUACCUCAAAGGUUUGAGAUGAGUUUAACAAAAUGAGGAUACGAUAUUUGGGCUGGAUGUUCAGGAUACGAUUCAAAUGAAGAAUAUUUUGACAGUCCCUCACGAUUCCAAACGGACGCACAAAAAAUGAAAAAUAUGGCAGCUACCAAGUCGGCUGCUAACACGGGAAGCUAACGUAGCACUCUACAUGGUCGAGUAAAUAUUUGGGAGGGUAUAUUUAGCCUGAAAUUGAGCCAGAGCAUCUCGAAAUGAGGUCCAUUAGAGUACGCUGAUGCUAUUUUUUUUAAGUCUUAUUUUUCCAAUUUCAAUUCAAGCGUAAGGGCCUUGGAUGUACCACUCAAUUUCACUUUUGUUGUCCUGUGUGUGUGUGCUGUGAUUUGUGCCUCUCAAUCUCCACUCGCACUGUCUAACUGUGAUUGUGUCCUAUUUUAAGGCCCAUUUCAUGUGUUUUUGUUUGACCUUGAGCUGGUGUUUGUUUCACAGGCUUUUUUUUAGCGUUGUUUAUUAAAAAAAAAAAAUGCACUUGUUUUUUUUCCCCUUUGUUUUUUUGCAGACACCAAAGGAAUUAAAACAGUCUUCUGAUA